AUGACCACAACCGCAACGCCCAUUCAACUGGACUCCAAGACCCCUGUCACCACAGUCAACGCCCCCAACGACUGCGCAAUCCACGGCCUCUCUCAGACCCCUCAUCUCGACAACCUUCUCCAAUCUCGCCCCAGAGCCGAACUUCAAGGCCUCGCCGACGCCGUAGAGACUUUGAAGCACGGCGACCAAUGCGCCAAAUGCGCCGUCCAAGCCGCUGUCAGCAUCAUAGCAGGCUUUGUGCAGGAAGUUUACACGGCGAAGAAGAGUGGUAAACUUUCCAAGGAGGAUAAGAAAGCGCUCAAAUCAGAGGUCAAGGAUAUUAUGAGGGGGAUGAAGGGGGAGAUCAGGGCUCAGAAGGAGGACUUCAAGAGUGAACUCAAGAGCCGAUGA